CAGAAGCACGAGAUCAGUUAUAGUGCGAGCAUUCCAGGGCACAGAAAGGGGUGCGUCAGGUUUGGACGUGAAAGGCUUGAGGCCCACGUCCCCAGCGGCUUGGGCCAUCAUGCGAGACACAUUGAGAAGUCGCAAGGUGCAGAUGCUGUCGCAGCAGGAGCUUGUCUUUGCACUGGAUAAGGAAAUCCCUAUCAUAGACAUACGGCCACCUGAUGAGUUCAAGGCGGGACACAUCAAGGGGUCUGUUCAUAUCCCACUGUACAGGCCAAUCACUGGCUGGGAUGCCCGGAAAUUGCUGCGGAGAGCAGGAUUCGCGUUCUUUGGUGUUUUUAAUGGCACGGAGCUCAAUCCCGAUUUCUUUGAUGACAUCGUGGCUGCAGCUUCCAAGGAGAAGGGAGCAAUCCUGAUUUGCAACAUUGGAGGAACCAUCGAGCCGACAGAGACAAAUUCUGAGGGAUUCCAGAGCAGGUCCCUGAUGGCUGCGUAUGAGCUCUCAAAUAUGGGUUUUGACAACAUCAAAGUACUGAAAGGUGGCUUCAACGACUGGAAACGGUCUGAGAGGGGAUUUGAGGUGGUUGAGGAAACAUGAUGGGAGCAUUUGCCUGCAUUGAAGCAGAUGAGCAUUGAGAGAUGAAUGGUGAUCUGUUUUGAUGAUCAGAUCUGGCAAGACAGAUGCAUCGAAAGAUCUUUGGUAUAUAUGUUUGAGUGUCUUUGGAGUGUCGGUUGACGCGUGUACAUUACAGUGAUUUCCAGUAAAGAACUAUGUGCCCCACAAAUUGUAUGUGUUCGUCACAGAGCUGCUUUGUUUGUAGCUAUGCGGAAGUCUAUCAAUUCCUAUGCUUAUUUUCUUUGUUGUACAGCCUAUCUGACUUAGACUGCCCGGCAGGGCCUGUGCAAGUUAAUAUGUCCUACAC